AUGAAUAACGCGAACGCCAACAAUUCGAACUCGGUUGACACUACGACAAGUAUAAACGUUAGUCGCGUAUCGGUCAAGGCACCGCCAUUUUGGAAAGGUGAUCCCAAUAUAUGGUUCGCGCAAAUCGAAGCGCAAUUUGCACUGAGUGGAAUCACAAACGAUACAACAAAAUACUACCACGUUAUAAGUGCGGUCGACACGGAGAUUUUAACACAAGUAACAGAUAUUAUUCAAAGACCACCGGAAGCGAAUAAAUACGACACUCUCAAGCACGACUAA